UAUUAUUUUUAAACUAUUUAUAGGCCUACUAUUAAUAUGGUUUGAAUAAAAUAUGAUUUGUUUCUGUCACAGUUCGUAGGAAGGAAACGAGGAGAGGAGGAGAUAAACUUCCAAUUGAACAGACUUUAAUAACAAACUCAAAAAGGGCAGACAAAGUAGAACAAGGUAAUGACAAUACACGCCGAACACACGGGAAAACACGGAGCGGAUUAGCGGAAUCAGCGGAUCUUUAGCGGAGCAGUAACCGAACGCUUUGAGCUGGGGUGAGGGUGGGGGCUGGUGAGAGGGGCACCUCAGCCAAUGAGGGCAAAGGGGCAGUGGCUCUAGCCACCGGGCCACCCCUCCACAGCACGUUGUUCCACAGCACGGCCCUGCUGUGGAACAACCAGAUGUGACAUGGAAAUGCAGCAUGAUCCAGAUUUGCAGUUUAAACUGGCUUAUUCAGAUUCAGAAAGAAUUGACACAGGCAUUAAAACCCGAGCAAGAGGCCAGUGGGCCAGUAAAGUGGAGUUUAUCUUAGCCGUUGCUGGCCAAAUCAUUGGUUUGGGAAAUGUGUGGAGAUUUCCAUAUCUGUGUUACAAGAAUGGAGGAGGAGUGUUUUUCAUUCCAUAUAUGGUCUUUCUGUUUGCCUGCGGCAUUCCUCUGUUUCUUAUGGAGACUGCUUUGGGUCAGUACACCAGCCAAGGGUCUGUUACCUGUUGGAGGAAGAUCUGCCCACUAUUUGAAGGUCUGGGUUAUGGGAGUCAGGUGGUCAUCUUCUAUUCCAGUGCCUACUACAUCAUCAUUUUGGCCUGGGCUUUCUUCUAUCUCUUCUCUUCUUUUAGUGGUGAACUACCAUGGGCUAGCUGCAGGAACUGGUGGAAUUCAGAGAACUGUGUUGAGUUCGACCAAAUGGGAGGGACAAGAAACCUGAGCUUUAUGGAGAAUGCAUCAUCACCUGUUAAAGAAUUUUGGGAGAGGCGAGUAUUGAAUAUAACUGGAAGUGUGAAUGAGCUGGGCAGUUUGAGAUGGGAACUGGCUCUGUGUCUUCUGCUGGCCUGGAUCAUUUGCUACUUCUGUGUGUGGAAGGGAGUGAAGUCCACAGGCAAGGUUGUAUAUUUCACUGCUACAUUUCCAUAUGUUAUGCUGCUGGUGCUUCUGAUUCGAGGUAUUACGUUGCCUGGAGCCAUCGAUGGCAUCACCUUCUACCUCUACCCAAACCCAGCACGCCUUGCAGACCCACAGGUGUGGAUGGAUGCUGGAACACAAAUAUUUUACUCUUACGCUCUCUGCAUUGGGUGCCUUACAGCUUUGGGAAGCUACAAUAAAUACAACAACAACUGCUACAAAGAUUGUGUUUACCUGUGCCUGCUGAACAGUGGAACCAGCUUUGUAUCUGGCUUUGCCAUCUUUUCAGUUUUGGGCUUCAUGGCCUUUGAACAGGGGGUUGAUAUCUCAACGGUAGCAGAGUCAGGUCCUGGUUUGGCCUUCAUUGCAUAUCCACGAGCUGUAGCUAUGAUGCCUCUGUCUCAGCUGUGGUCCAUAUGUUUCUUCCUCAUGAUUAUUCUGCUGGGGCUUGACAGUGAGUUUGUGGGUUUGGAGUCUCUCAUGACAGCCAUAACAGACAUGAACUCCAACUACUUCCUCCAAGGACACCGUCGUAAACUCUUCCUUCUCCUCAUUUGUGUGGGCUGCUUCCUCAUUGGCCUCCUGAUGGUAACAGAGGGUGGCCUGUAUAUCUUCCAGUUAUUUGAUUACUAUUCCUGCAGUGGAAUGACCCUCCUCCUUUUUGCCAUUGCACAGUCAAUAUGUAUUGGCUGGUUUUAUGGUGCUGAUCAUCUGUACGAAAAUAUUGUUGACAUGAUCGGUUAUCGUCCUUUGACUUUAAUGAAAUACUGUUGGAAAUAUAUCACUCCAAUUGUGUGUAUAGGCACAUUUGUCUUUUCUUUGGUCAAAUUCACUCCUCUAAAGUUUAACAACACAUUUGAAUACCCGUGGUGGGGUUAUGCGGCUGGCUGCUGGUUCACCCUCUCCUCAACAUUGAUGGUUCCCAUAUGGAUGAUCUAUGUUGUCCUCAUCACUCCUGGUACAUUGAAACAGAGACUGCGUGUCCUUUGCACUCCAGCAAGUGAUCUACCUUUGACAUCAGAAAGACAAAAAGAAACCCUGUGACCACGACAGAAAGUACAACAUGUCCCAUGACUGAUAAAGAAACAUUGGGGGAAAAAACAUCCUUGGGCUGUAUUUAAGACAACUUUUGAUAUCAAUUAUGUCUUUGAAGAUACACAUUCUCGUGAGAUCUCAAGAAGGCACAAACACAAACUGUUCAUGUCUGUUUUAUACGUUUUUUAAUUUUACUAUCUUCGAUUCUCAAUUGCAAGCAUCUAAAUGUAGAUUUAAACUGGAAAUGAAAAAUUGCACUUGAAAAUUGACUUACACGUUUUGCUGUAUCUGAGGAAAACUCAGUUUGAGAUCAUUCUUAAGUGUGAUAGCGUCAACAACUUGUUGUAUCAUAAAUGUUCAUACGAUAUAAGUUUUUCUGAAGAAGAUAGCAAAAAAAAAAAAA